UCCCAGCCGCUGGCCCGCCCGCGCUGCGAGCCGGGCGGGGUGUUUCCCACGUCCCAGCCCCUGCCGGCAAAGCCACCAGGGAGCCUGAGCUGUGCGGCGGGAGCCUGCCUGCCCCGGCCACGCUGUCACCCCCGCGGCUGCGGGGAACGUUUGGAAAAAGAUGUUUACAGUACUUUCCCGGCAGCCCUGUCAGCAAGCAGGUUUCAAGGUGCUCUCCAAAACUUCAACUAUUAUCACUUUGGCAUUUCUGCUUCUAAGCAUAGUUGUUGUUAUUGCUGUUACACUUGUUCAGAUCAACCACAAAGAGGUCCUUUCUCCAGGACUAAAGUAUGGGAUAGUGCUUGACGCCGGAUCAUCUCGGACUACAGUCUACGUGUAUGAAUGGCCAGCAGAAAAAGAAAAUGAUACAGGAGUAGUAAGCCAAACCUUCAAGUGCAGUGUGAAAGGCCCAGGCAUAUCCAGCUAUGGGAAUAACCCUCAAGAAAUUGUCAAACCCAUUGACGACUGCAUGAAUAAAGUAAAGGAGAAAAUUCCAUCUCACUUGCAUAAAAAUACCCCAACGUAUCUGGGAGCUACAGCUGGAAUGCGACUACUGAGGUUGCAAAACGAAACGGCAGCCAAUGAAGUCCUUGGGAGCAUUCAAAACUACUUCAGAUCCCAGCCCUUUGAAUUUAGGGGUGCUCAAAUCAUAACUGGGCAAGAGGAAGGGGUGUAUGGAUGGAUUACGGCCAACUAUUUAAUGGGCAAUUUCUUGGAGAAAACCCUUUGGAGGAGAUGGGUCCAUCCUCAUGGAGCGGAGACUACAGGUGCGCUUGAUCUAGGAGGAGCCUCCACUCAAUUAUCAUUUGUCCCGGAAGAGUGUAUGCAGAACUCCAACAGCACGUUACAGGUGCAGCUGUAUGGCUAUGAGUACAGUGUGUAUACUCACAGCUUCCAGUGCUAUGGAAGAGAUGAAGCAGAGAAAAGGCUCUUAGCCUCACUAGUGCAGAAUUCAAGAGACAAGACCAAGGUUGAUAAUCCAUGCUAUCCCCAGAACUAUGAAACUGUUUUAACAAUGAAAAGUUUGUAUGGAAGCCUUUGCACGGAAUCUCUAAGGCCAACAAAUUACAAACCAGGCCAACUCAUAAAUUUCAGGGGAACUGGAGACCCAGCUCUGUGCCAGGAGAAGGUAUCUUUAUUGUUUAACUUCGCUGCUUGCAAUGACAAGGGGGAAGACUGUUCAUUCAAUGGAGUCUAUCAGCCAAAGCUUAAAGGGAAGUUUGUGGCUUUUUCAGGAUUCUACUAUACAGCCAAUGCUUUGAAUUUAACUGGAUGCUUUCCCCUAGCUGAUUUUAAUUCAAGUAUGUGGUUUUUCUGCUCACAGAACUGGAAUCAGCUUCCAUUUAUGCUGCCUAAGUUUGACGAAGCAUAUGCUAGAUCCUACUGCUUUUCAGCAAACUACCUCUAUUACCUGCUUGUACAUGGAUAUAAAUUUAACACACAGACUUGGCCCCAGAUACAUUUCCAAAAAGAAGUUGGUAACAGCAGUAUAGCAUGGUCUCUUGGUUACAUGCUGAACCUCACCAACAUGAUCCCAGCAGAAAGCCAUCUGAUCCAGCUACCAGUGAACCCUUUUUUGUUUGCUGGUCUCCUCUUUUUCUUCACAGCCGUGGCAUUGCUGUGUCUCAUCUUUGUUGUUUACUUGUGUGUUGUAUCACGCAUGCGAAAGAAUAUCAAUCAUAUGGACCAUGUACUUGCUACAGAAUGAACAGACUCAGUGACAACACAAGACAAAAACUUGAAAUGUUCUUUGAACUGCAUUUUAGAAAACCAAGGGAGAAAUAAAUCAGUAUAUUUAUU